GAAAAUGUACAGUGUGUCUUCAAACUAAAGGCUAAAACUGAACAGGGAUUGAGAGGAAUAAACAACGAUAUUGGAACUCCAACUUCCUGGGAAUCUUGCAGUAUUCCCGACAACCAGCUCGUCUCCUUGGCAACUUCGAGUUGUCCCGCACCCUCAGAACCAGACGGAUAUCUUAACUAUACUAUUAAUACGACAGAGGACAUACCAUACGGUUGUCAAUUUUGCAACAAAGUUUUUCCACGACUAAUUUUUCUAAAGCGACAGAAACAGACAAACAGCGACCGAAUGCCGUUUAAAUGUGAUUUUUGUCAGCGUCACUUUAAGCACAAGCGGAGCCGCGAUCGGCACGUCAGGUUGCACACGGGCGACAAGCGGUACCGCUGUAAGCACUGCAAGUCCGCUUUCUCCCGGAGUGACCACCUGAAGAUCCACAUGAGGACCCACGAUCAUGCUAAACCCUUCAAGUGUACUGAAUGUAACCGUGGCUACAGCACUAGAGCAGCACUUACAUCACACAUGCAGAGCCACAAGGAAACCCGUGAGCCAACCUCAAGUCCGGCUUUCCGCUGUCUUUUGUGUUCUAGUUCGUUCUCUUCAGCCAAUGAAUUACAGAACCACAAGAAUGGAGAUAAGAACAAUUUUGGUGUGAGGUCUGAAAAUGAAUUUCCAGUGUCUGACCUAGAAUGUGGAUUUGCCUUUGAAAGUAGUAAUUUCUCAUCUUUGAAAGCUCCUCAACAUCACGCCAACCUUAAUCAUGUUCCUCCUAGUGGGAAUUUCAAGGCAUUCCCUCCAUUAUUUCCUAUGACUUUCCUCAAAGAAUAUCAACAACAAAAUUUCAAUGGAAAUUUCAUCUGUCAAUACUGCCCCUCAAAGUUUAGCAGUUUGUACGAACUUCAGAAGCACUCUAUCAUAGAUCACAGUAUAAGUAGCCUAAAAAUCUUAGAGGAGGAAAAUAUUUCCUGUUACCAGUGUUCCAUGAAGUUUUCCAAUGACGCCCAGCUAACUAAACAUUUUAACGCAAUGCACAAAAGUCCAAUUUCCAAUAGAAAAUCAUCCGAAGACAACGCUGUGAACGUGUUCAAGACCUUCAAUCCUGCACCAGAACUGCUAUAUGACAUUAGUGUACCCCUUAGCUCUUCUGCGCCAUCAAUAUGCAAUCAUUGUAAUGCAGCAUUCUUAGAUUUUGAAGCAUUCCAAUUGCAUUUGAUGUCUCAUAUAAAUUUUGCAACUGAGACAUAUAAAUGUUAUCAGUGUAACAGCGAAUUUUCCACGGAAGACCAACUUGGUAAUCAUAUGACCAAUCAUUUUCUCACAACAAAAAUUACGUACGAUUGCCAGUGUUGUUUGAAGUUAUUCUUAAAACCAGAUGAAUUGCAAAAACAUUUGCUUCAAAUUCAUGCACUCCGCCUAUAUCGGUGUUCACAGUGUAAAAAGGUGUUUGAUUCUAAAGUGAGCAUCCAGGUUCACUUUGCCAUGCAGCACAGUCACGAGAUCGUUUCACUGAAGUGCACCUCCUGUAGCGCCAUCUUCUGCUCGGAGCUAGACUUUCAGUUCCACGUGAAGGUGGCGCACCUAUUCCGGCUCCAACCACAAUGUUGUCUUUUGUGCAACCAGUGCUUUCCAUCAGAGGAGCUACUGGAACAACAUAUGAACACACACAAGAAACAGUACCCGUGUAGCGUGUGUGGUGACGCCUUCCUCGUGGAAUAUCUAUUGGAUAAGCACAUGCAGAUUUGUCACUCUAAAAACUCUGUGCCUUCGAAAAAAGUCGCUAGUGAUCAUCCACCUAGUUCCUCUUCACCUGGUUUCAACAACAAAACAAACUUCACUAGUCUUAUGACUAACAGGGGGCAGCAAAGAAAUUUUCGUUGUGAUAUUUGUGACGAAACCUUUCUUCUUAAGUCUAAGCUCAGCAACCACCAGCUGGAGAUCCAUCACCUUAAAACGGCUGGUUCAGAAAAAGCAACCAUUAACUUGUUUUGUACUUAUUGUAAAAAAACGUUCAACUCGCGCUCAGAACUCGAGACUCACAUGAAGAUCCACGCCAUAAGUGCGCAGACACAGACAUGUAAUGUCUGCGAUAAGGUGUUUUCAUCGGCAGUCACAAUGGCUGAACACAAACUUAUCCACAGUACGGAGGCCAGAGGGAGCGUGUGUGCCACGUGUAAGACAAAUGUCCACAGUGAAAAAGAAUUUAUAGAUCACAUGCAAAAACACAGUGGUGACAGUCUUCCUGCACCUUGUAUAGUAUGUAAACAGACGUUAGUGUCUGAAGAGGAAUUCAAACUGCACGUUAACUUCCACCACCUGAACCCAGUUGAUCUCUUUGACGCUUGCUGUGUCUGUUCAAGAAAACAUCUCGUACACAACCUGAUCAUUACGGCCAAGCACAAGAAUGGUCACACCUACAUGUGUAAGGAAUGUUUUCACGCCAGAAGUGAAUCCUUGCAAUGUAAAUAGUUUUAAUCGACUUGUGACGAUAUUGCCGCGCAAGAAAAACGCCUGCUAAUAUACAUAUAAGAAAGUUCCAGUAUGUCAAAUGUCGGAUUGUUUUUUUAACAGAAGACGAAGAUUGGACUCAUGUGCUCAUCUACGUGAUCCAAGAAAGCAUUAAGCACCAAUGUAAGUUAUGCUCCCAUAUCCUGAUAGGCUACAGUGUCACUUGAUUCAGCACAUCUUUAGUAGAAGCGCUGCCUAGAUUUACUGUUUAUACAAUACACUUUUUGUUCUUCCAUUUCCUCAGCACAUUCAACAACAUAUGACUUAACGAUUCUCCACGUUAUCAUCAGAGAUUUCAUUUCCGCAUCGUACUGAAUAAGCCUAUGUUUGGUUGUCAUAGUGAUUAAGAUGAACUUUUUACUCUCCCUGUUCUGGGUGUAACAAUACUUGUAAAGUCACACGCGAUUUACACUUAAGCUGUCAAGUAAAUUUUUAAGAAGUGUAAGAUAGAAUUUGGUCAUUCUCAAAAUCUUAGGAUUCAUGUGCAGCUCACAGUGGAGAGAAACCUAUUUAUGUAAGACCGAUCUGUAAGAAACGCUUCGGUGGACAAAAAUGAGCAAAGCUAAUAAUUUCACACUGGUUUAUAGCUUUUUAUAUUUUAGUUGUAGCAAGAAGUUUUCGCAUAAAGGUAAGGAAAGCAUGCAUAAACUCUACCAGACAGCCUUGUGAAUCCUGUGAUAAAAUGUUCUAUUCCAAUUGAAAACAAAGGCGCCACCUUAUGGACGUUCUCCAGUAACAGUUAAGUUGCGUGUGUUCUGUUUAUGUUGAAACAGGCUAGGCUAGAACAUCACGAUAUCAUAACAAAUGUGGACGAACACUUGCAUCAUUCUACUCAGCUAUUGUAUGCAGAAGGUCCAACAUCCAGGAAAUAAAAGGACUUAAAAGCGACUAUAGUUUAAUGGCAGGCACCAAUUCUAUUCUCUCUGUUAAAAAAAUGGGGGUCAUCUGCAAAACGUCCAGUCUACGUGACAUAGAAGAAUGAAUGAAAACUUAAUCAGAUAUUAAUUUGUUUAAAAUUGUUUUUGACGCCCCCCCUUCCCUUCCAGUAGCUCAGCAAUAAGUAAGCAACAAGUUUCGAUAGCCGUUGUGGGUACAGCACAGCCAGCCAAUUGUGUAGCUUUGUAUUUAGCAACAAAACUAACAAUUUUUUGUACGAAAAAGACUGAUAAUAUAAUUAUGAAAAUAUUUUGCUUAUUGGCUGCAACAUUUUUUGGAAAUCUUUUCAUUUCGUAAUACGUAAAUAGACCAGCUGGCGAGAAGUUCGAAAUAUCAAUGAAAAAGCUUCAUUAUCCGUCCGUAUAAGUAGCUGAGACCGUUAUAACAAUUCAAAAUACCAGGAAAGAAUGGGUUUAUACAUUCUAAGUUAUAAAAUCUAAUAA